AUGGACCCACUCUUCCCCACCGGUUUCUGGAAGCUUACUCACCAAGCAAAAGAUAUAUUCCAACGCCACGCGUCUCAAGGACCCUACAGACGACCACGUAUAGACACGCGUCAAAAUCUCCCUCCUCCAUACAGAGGAACUAAACGAAGGAAGAAGAUGACUUUAAAAACUCGAAGAGAAGGAGUCCAGCACCUCACCAAAAAGCCAGUAAGUCCCUACAAAUCUAUAAAUACAAGGCCCAUGAUUUUCCCUAUCUCCUCACUCUCCCUUUUAUCCGUACUUACAGUCACAGCUAUAAUUACAGUUACAGCCACCCCUCCUUUAAUUUCUGCUUCAGGAUUCUGUAACGACAAAAUGGCCACUCUAGGCGGCGUUCACGACUCCCCAGCCUCCCAAAAUAGCGCCGAGAUCGACAGCCUCGCUCGCUUCGCUGUUGAUGAACACAACAAGAAAGAGAAUGCGAUAUUGGAGUUUGCGAGGGUAGUGAAGGCGAAAGAGCAAGUGGUGGCAGGGACAAUGCAUCAUCUUACAAUUGAAGCUAUUGAAGCGGGGAAGAAGAAGCUUUAUGAAGCUAAAGUUUGGGUUAAGCCAUGGCUUAAUUUUAAGGAAUUGCAGGAAUUCAAGCAUGCUGGUGAUGUUCCUGUGUUUACCUCUUCCGAUCUCGGUGCUAAGAGAGAUGGCCAUGCUCCUGGAUGGAAAGCAGUGCCGGUGCAUGAUCCUUCAGUCCAAGAUGCAGCAAAUCAUGCUUUGAAGUCGAUCCAGCAAAGGUCCAACUCAUUGUUCCCUUAUGAACUUAAAGAGGUCGUUCAUGCUAAUGCUGAGGUAGAAGAUGAUUCUGCAAAAUUUGAUAUGCUUCUCAAAGUGAAGAGAGGAACCGCUGAAGAGAAGCUCAAGGUGGAGGUGCACAAGAACCAUGAAGGCAGCUACCGUCUCAAUCGGAUGGAGCCACAUGUCUGA